AUGUCAGAAUACCAUCGUAACGAAGAAUCAUUUGUGAAAGAACAUAGAGAAGAAGAAGCUGAAUUACGUGUGUCAGAAAACAUGGAUGAAGUUCAUGAACCUGUGGAAAAACCUAGUGAAAAAAUUCAUGAUGGUGUGGACGAACCUAGAGACGAAGAAGUUGAACUGCAAGUGCCACAAGAUAUGCCUUGUGUGGAUGAAUACAUAGCCAUCUUGAAUGGUAAUGAUGAUGACAAAGAAUAUAUUCCACGAACACUCAUUAAAUUAUAUGGCUUAUCCAACGAUUUGGCUAAUCUAUUCCAUGACUUGUCCACGGUUAAUCUGGUUAACGGGUGUGACCAAUGGAAGAGCAGACCGGAUUCAGAUGGUUACUACACAGUAGGAGCAUUAAGAAGGCUAACUGACCAACAAUCUAUCCCUAGUCAAUCACAACCUCCAACGACAUGGCUUAAGGAGGCACCGAUCAAGGUGAACUGUUUUUAUAUGGAGAGCAUUACAAAAGAAAAUACCUUCUUUGUUGGCUCUGAGUUCGCGUGGUAUUGA